UUGUUUUCAAAAAAAUGGCAUUGACGUGGGAAGAUAAAGAAGUGCGAUUUGAUAUACCGUAUUCAAGAAUGAAGCUUAUAAAUGGUGAAAAAGUAAUAGACAAAUUAGAUAAUAUAGAAGAUACUAAAGGUAACAGUGGAUACAGAGGAAAAUUCAUAAUUACUAAUAUUAGAAUUCUUUGGUAUUCGUCGACAAGCCCGCGUAUAAAUUUGUCUAUCGGAUUUGGUGCAGUUUUAAGUACAAGUAACAAAAUAGUAAAUUCCAGACUGCGCGGUACGACUCAAGCACUACAAAUUUUGACGGCAUCUAAAGGCACUAGAUACGAAUUUAUAUUUACCAAUUUAGUACCUGGAAAUACCAGACAUUUUACUUCAGUCAUGGGUGUACAUAAAGCUUACAAUUCAUCAAAAUUAUACAGAGAAUUAAAACUACGAGGGGCGGUUGUAUACAAUAAGCAAUUAAAAAUACUUCCACUAGAGCAAGUUAUAUCAACUGUUCAUGGUGUAUGGAACUUAUCUAGCGAUCAAGGGAGUCUUGGCACCUUUAUAGUAACGAAUGUUAGAUUUGUAUGGUUCGCCGAUAUCAACGAAGGAUUUAAUAUAUCAUUACCAUUCCUACAAAUAGAUACGAUUUCGAUUAGAGACUCGAAAUUCGGAACGGCUCUUGUCAUCACCAGUUCCGAAAUAAGCGGUUUAUACGUAUUGGGCUUCAAAGUAGAACCAGAAGAAAAACUCAGGACACUAUUUAAAGAGCUUUCGUCUUUCCAUACCGUCUAUACUACAAAACCUAUUUUUGGUGUCGAAUACAACUGGUCAUCCGGUCAAGUCGAGCACAAAUUUAAUAAUAUUGUCGAUGAAUUUGAACCUUUUGACGAAAAUAAAAAUGAAAUAUCCAAUUCGAUUUCUAACUAUUUAGCAGACGAAGGACAUACGAAGGAUAGGAUGCCGGUUUUUAAUUCUGAACUAGGACUUGCUGUUGAAACUAUUAAAGAAGGUUAUACUUUGCAAAAGCUUUGGGAAGUUAUACCUUCCUAA